CGAGAGUAUUCCGCUUAAUUUCGCUUCACUUGUUCGAAACCCCCCAAAAUCUCUCUUUCUCUUUCUCUGUCUCUCUCUCUCUCUCUCUCUGUCUCUUCAACCAGAUGGUGCUCUGAGACAGAGCACGUGUAGCUCCUAAACCAACACAACCAUGGCGCAACAAAAGCUCCCACAGCUUCUCAAAGACCUCGGAUCGAAGCUAGAGAACCCUCCCUCCACUAAAGACGCGCUCGUCAAGCUCUUAAAGCAAGCUGCAACAUGCCUUUCUGAAUUGGAUCAAUCACCAACAAAGUCAAUAUUGGAGUCCAUGAAGCCUUUUUUAAAUGCAAUCGUCAAAACAGAACUGCUAAAGCAUCAAGAUAGGGAAGUCAAGCUUCUUGUUGCAACCAAUGUUUGUGAGAUAACUCGGAUUACUGCACCUGAAGCUCCUUAUAGUGAUGAUGUUUUAAAGGACAUUUUUCAUUUGAUUGUCAGUACCUUUAGUGGGUUAAGUGAUACCAGUGGUCCAUCUUUUGGAAGGAGAGUAUUCAUAUUGGAGACUCUUGCAAGAUAUAGGUCGUGUGUGGUGAUGUUGGAUCUUGAAUGCGAUGAUCUAGUCAACCAAAUGUUCAGUACAUUUUUGUCUGUUACCAGUGACGAUCAUCCAGAAAGUGUUCUAAACUCAAUGCAAACAAUCAUGGUUGUUCUCUUAGAAGAGAGUGAAGAUGUCCGGGACGAACUUCUACUUUCUUUACUGUCUGUUUUAGGCCGGAAUAAGAGUGAUGUUGCAAUGGCUGCAAGGAAGCUUGCUAUGAAUGUUAUUGAGCAUUGUUCUGUGAAACUUGAGCCUGGCGUAAGGCAGUUUCUUAUAUCAUCAAUGUCAGGGGAUAGCAAGUCUUUAAAUGGUCAAAUUGAUUACCAUGAAAUAAUCUAUGAUGUCUAUCGUUGUGCUCCUCAGAUCUUAUCGGGCGUUGUCCCAUUCCUGACAGGAGAGCUACUGACAGAUCAAUUAGACAUUCGUUUAAAAGCGGUGAGGUUAGUUGGUGACCUUUUUGCUCUGCCGGACUCUGCUAUGUCUCAAACAUUUCAGCCAAUUUUUUCGGAGUUUUUGAAGAGGUUGACUGAUAGAGUAGUUGAGGUUAGAAUGUCUGUCCUUGAACGUGCGAAGAUUUGUCUUCUGUCAAAUCCUUUCAGAGCAGAAGCUUCUCAAGUUAUCUCUGCCCUCUGUGACCGGCUGUUGGACUAUGAUGAAAAUGUUCGUAAACAAGUCGUUGCUGUAAUUUGCGAUGUGGCUUGCAAUGCCCUAACUUCCAUUCCUGUUGAAUCUGUAAAGCUUGUUGCAGAACGCCUCCGAGACAAAUCUCUACUUGUUAAAAAAUAUACCAUGGAGAGGCUGGCUGAGAUAUACAGGGUCUUUUGCUUGAGCCAAUCCAAUGGCUCAACUAAAACUGAUGAUUUUGAUUGGAUUCCUGGAAAGAUAUUGAGAUGCUUCUAUGACAAAGAUUUCAGAUCAGACACAAUUGAGCCCAUCUUGUGCGGGUCCCUGUUCCCAAUUGAAUUCUCAGUCAAGCAAAAGGUUGGAAAUUGGGUAAGACUCUUCUCAGGAUUUGACAAAGUUGAGGUUAAGGCUCUUGAGAAGAUCCUGGAGCAGAAGCAAAGGUUACAACAAGAGAUGCAGAGAUAUCUUUCUCUUAGGCAGAUGCAUCAGGAAAAUGAUGCUCCGGAGUUCCAAAAAAAGAUACUGUUUUGCUUCCGGAUUAUGUCUCGCUGUUUUACUGAUCCUGCAAAGGCCGAGGACUAUUUUCAGAUUCUCGAUCAGUUAAAAGAUGCUAACAUAUGGAAGAUCUUGAUAAUUCUACUUGAUCCAAAUACUAGCUCUCACCAAGCUUGUAGUUCUCAGGAUGAUUUGCUUAAGAUUCUUGGCGAGAAACAUCGACUUUAUGAUUUUCUUAGCUCACUCUCUCUGAAAUGUUCAUAUGUACUUUUCAACAAGGAGCAUGUGAAAGAAAUCCUUUUGGAGGCUGACUUGCGGAAAUCGGCUGGAAAUACACAACUUACUCUGGCUUGCAUGAAUAUUCUAGUGAUUCUUGCAUGCUUCAGCCCUUUGCUGCUUAGUGGGAUUGAAAAAGAUUUGGUACAUUUUCUUAAAGAUGAUAAUGAAGUGAUUAAAGAAGGUGUUUUGCAUGUUCUAGCGAAGGCUGGUGGAACCAUUCGAGAACAACUGGGAGUUUCAUCCAGUUCAUUAGACCUUAUACUGGAAAAGAUAUGUUUAGAGGGUAGUCGAAGGCAGGCAAAGUAUGCAGUACAUGCCCUAGCAGCAAUAACGAAGGAUGAUGGGCUGAUGUCGCUCUCUGUCUUGUACAAGAGGCUUGUCAAUAUGCUGGAGGAAAAGACACAUUUACCUGCUGUACUACAAUCUCUGGGAUGCAUAGCACAGACUGCAAUGUCAGUUUUUGAAACAAGAGAGAGUGAACUUGAACGAUUCAUAAAAACAAAUAUUCUGGAGUGCAGUAAUAUAGUGGAAGAUAAUGCAAAAGAAUGUUGGGAUGACAGAAGCAAACUUUGUUCAUUGAAGAUCUUUGGCAUUAAAACAUUGGUCAAGAGUUACUUGCCUGUCAAAGAUGCUCACCUUCGUCUUGGGAUUGAUGGCUUAUUUGAAAUCCUUAAAAACAUACUUUCUUUUGGAGAGAUCACAGAAAAGAUUGAAUCGAGUCUUGUUGAUAAGGCUCAUUUGAGGCUUGCGGCAGCGAAGGCGGUUCUUCGCCUAUCAAAGCACUGGGAUCAUAAGAUACAUGUUGAUCUCUUUUAUCUAACCUUGAGAACAUUGGAGAUCAGUUUCCCACAAGCUAAGAAGCAAUUUUUGAACAAAGUUCAUCAAUAUAUAAAGGAACGGCUUUUAGAUCCAAAAUACGCUUGUGCCUUCUUAUUUGAUAUAACUGGAUCCCAGAAGCCAGAUUUUGAGGAGGAUAAACACAAUCUAAGUGAUAUUAUUCAGAUGUGUCAGCAAGGGAAGGCACGUCAACUUGCUUUGCAGAGUGAUGCGAAUUCCUCAGUGGUUUAUCCGGAGUACAUACUCCCAUACUUGGUCUAUGCUCUUUCUCAUCAUUCUUCAUGUCCAAAUGUUGAUGAAUGCAGAGAUGUCAAGGCAUUUGAACCGGUAUACAGUUACAACUCAGCAUUCAACAUCACCAAAUGCCUGUUGAUCAAAGUUGAUCUAUUCCUGUUACAAGACUUUGAUUGGAUUGUUUUGCCAUUGCACUUAUUUCUUUCUAUGCUUAUGCAUGGAGAUGAUGAUGUCAAGUCAGAAGUAAGCAUUAACAAGGGACAAGAGAGUAUAUCUAUAAUAGUUUCUAUUUUUCACUGCAUUAAGUGCUCAGAAGAUGCUGCAGAUCCAGCAAAGUCGAAGAACUCGUAUGCAAUCUGUGACCUUGGCAUGUCAAUAACCAAACGCUUAGCUCAAAAAGAAGAUGAUCUUCAAGGAUUAAUUGUAUCAGUGCCCCUCCCUCCAAUGCUGUACAAACCACGUGAGAAGAAAGAAGGGGAUGACCCUCUGGUCAGUGAGGGACAGACCUGGUUGGCUGAAGAGAAUGUCUUGACUCAUUUUGAAUCACUCAAGUUAGAAGUUAACGGAAUGAUUCAUCCAGAAGUUGUUGAUGAUGGGGUUCUGAAAGACAGUGAGACAGAUGGAAAUGAUGUUCCUUUGGGAAAAAUUAUAAAACGCCUAAGAGCUAAGGGAACCAAGGCAAAAAAAAUGGUGAAGAAUGAAUCUUUGCCAGCUGGAACGGAACAUGAAGAAAACGUUGAUAUUCUAGAAAUGGUCAGGGAAAUAAAUUUGGAUAAUCUGGGGACAUCUAGCAAGUUUGAAUCAAGCAAUGGCCAUGAAUGCACUCCAAAAAAUUUGAAAAUUGAUCAGAAGCACCAGAAGAGGAAAAAACUAGUGGCUGGUGAAACAACAAAUUCUCCUGUACCCAAACGCCGAAGAUCAUCAUCUGCUCAGGGUGCUUCAAAGGGUUUAAAGAGGACCUCAACUGAUGAUUUGCCUCAGGAAGAAGGGUCAUCAUCUGAAUCCCCUGAAAUAGAUGAGGAACUUCAUGUUGGUUCCGAGGAUAAAAUGUCUUUGCAAGAAAAUGUUGUUGAACCUGCGGAAUCAGAUUUGUUGGUGUCAUGUUUUAAGAAGAAUUCAAACUCCUCGUCAAAACAUAAAAGCAAAAAUUCUAAUAAAGAUCAUAAUGAUGAGGCACACAACAUUGGUGAAAUCGACGACUAUGAUGUGAAGGAUUGUAUUUUUCUUCUUCAAUUCCUGCAGAAGUCUAAUCAGCUUGUGGAGACUGAUAGUACAACAGCAAUUACUAAUUCCAAGUUUUCCUCGGGAUCUUCAAAGAAACGAAAAAGAAGAAGCAUUGCGGGAUUGGCAAAGUGCACAUCAAAGAAAGGUGGAAGUGAGACAAUGGACCUGAUUGAUUGCAGAAUAAAAGUUUGGUGGCCAGUGGACAAGCGGUUUUAUGGAGGAGUAGUGAAGUCUUACGACUCUGAACAUAAGAAAUAUGUGGUAUUGUAUGAUGAUGGAGAUGUGGAAGUGCUCCGUUUAGAUAAAGAGCGCUGGGAGCUUGUUGACAAUGGUCGCAAGCCUACAAAGCGGUUAAAAUCAUCGAAAGGUCCAUCUAAAAAAGGAUUAUCGUCUGAGAAGAAAAAGAAGUCUUUGUCAUUCACAUCAAAACAAACAAUCAAUUACAACAUCUUCACCAUCUAAAGUAAGAGGGAAAAGAUCUCCAAGGAAGAAUAUGAAGCAUGGACAAAAAUGGGUGUCAAGGAGUGAAACUUCUCCCAGAUUGCUUGAAGCUGAGAUGUCAGACGCUGAACCUGCUGCAUCAUCCAAAGUUGACGAUAUGA